CAGAAGUUUGUGAAACUGCUGAGCCGCGUCUCUAUAUUUUGAUCGUACAGGACGGCGACAAGUCCUUUUUUACAUUAUUGUAUUAGUUUUGAACGUUAAACUUUUUAGUUUUACUAAUUGCUUGUGUAAUUCAAUCAACAGUUAUGGCAGAUAUAACAAUAGUGGAUGGAGGAAGGAUAGUGAAAAUGGAGGUGGAUUACAGCAAUAACUGCGAUACAAAAAUACCAGAAUGUAAAAAGUUAGCUAAAGAAGGGAAAUUGCAUGAUGCUCUAGAUCAACUUUUAGCUUUAGAAAAACUUACCAGAACUGCCUCAGACAUGGUAUCAACAUCUAGGGUUCUCAUAGCAAUUGUAGAGAUAUGUUUUGAAGCAAAGAAUUGGGCUGCCCUGAAUGAACAUAUUGUUCUUUUGUCGAAAAGGAGAUCACAAUUGAAGCAAGCUGUUACAAAAAUGGUACAAGAAUGCUGUAAUUACAUUGACAAAACUCCAGAUAGAGAAACUAUGAUUAAGCUCAUAGAAACCUUACGAUCUGUUACCGAAGGCAAGAUCUACGUUGAAGUUGAAAGAGCAAGAUUAACUCAUAAGUUAGCAAAAUUGAAAGAGGAGGAUGGUGAUGUAUCUGGUGCAGCUACAGUAAUGCUGGAAUUACAGGUGGAAACCUACGGUAGCAUGACAAGAAAAGAGAAAGCUUCUUUAAUACUGGAACAGAUCCGUCUUUGUUUGAUAAAGAACGAUUUUGUGCGCACCCAAAUUAUAGCUAAGAAAAUAAAUAUCAAAUUUUUCGAGGACGAAAACGAUGAGGAGACACAAGCACUAAAAUUGAAAUACUAUGAAUUGAUGAUGGAAUUGGCCCGUCACGAGGGUUGGUAUUUAGAACUUUGCCGUCAUAACAGAGCAAUUUUGGAAACUCCUACUAUCAAGGCUGAUGCGGAGAGAAGGCAUAUCGCUCUGUCUCGAGCUGUUUUGUAUCUCAUCCUUGCUCCACACGAACCUGAACAAGCUGAUCUUACGCACAGAUUGUUGGCUGAUAAACUUCUUGAAGAGAUUCCGAUUUACAGAGAGCUUUUACGGCUGUUUGUUAAUCCUGAGCUGAUAAAAUGGUCUGGUCUAUGCGAGAUUUACGAGAAGAACUUACGCUCGACCGAAGUAUUUUCCUCGAAUACAGAAGAAGGACGUAAGCGCUGGGGUGAACUGAGGAAUCGAGUAGUCGAACAUAACAUCAGAAUAAUGGCCAAAUACUAUACACGAAUUACCCUUACCCGCAUGGCCGAGCUUCUGGACUUACCAUUGGAUGAAACUGAGCAAUGUCUCUGUCGGCUUGUUGAGACUGGAGUAAUUAGUGCUCGUACCGAUCGACCUGCCGGUGUCGUACGUUUCACAAGAACACAAGAACCAGCUGCUUUACUCGACGAGUGGGCAAGUUCAUUGUCGAAGCUCAUGAGCCUCGUCAACAAUACUACUCACUUGAUCCACCAAGAAGAAAUGCUUGCCAGCGCCAAAGCGUGAAUGGCUAAAUCCUACUACUAUUAUUCUUACACAACUAUUCUGCCGUGGGACUGUUUUCCUUUUCCUUUUUUUUCACCGAUACACCAACACAACACACAACGCUCGCGCUUUACUUUUUCCUUCUUGUGUCAUUAUUUGAUUAACGUGCAGAAUUUAAAG